AUGCAGCGGCUGCUGGCGUCCGGCUGCAGCCUGGGCCUGCGGGGCGCCCUGGGCGCACAAGGGCUGUGCUCUGGCCGCACGGGUCCUGGGCCUCGGCCUGCUGCGGGGCUCUGCGACACCCGGCGCGGCCUGAGCCGCCAGGCCUCUGACGCCCCGCUUAACCAUCCCCUAAACUCGGAGUUCGUGGCCCGGUCCGUGGGCGUCUGCUCCAUGAUGCGGCUGCCCGUUCAGUCCUCCCCCGAGGGGCUGGAUGCCGCUUUCGUCGGGGUGCCUUUGGACAUUGGGACCUCCAACCGGCCAGGGGCACGAUUUGGGCCCCGUCGGAUCAGGGAGGAAUCAGUGAUGCUGCGGUCGGCCAAUCCUAGCACGGGGGCCCUUCCCUUCCAGUCCCUCAUGGUGGCGGACUUGGGAGAUGUGAAUGUCAAUCUUUACAACCUUCAGGACAGCUGCCAGCUCAUUCGAGAGGCCUAUGAGAAAAUCGCAGCCGUUGGCUGUGUUCCUCUGACCUUGGGUGGAGAUCAUACCAUCACAUAUCCCAUAUUACAAGCACUCGCUAAAAAGCAUGGCCCUGUGGGAUUGCUGCAUGUGGAUGCGCACACGGACACGGCCGACAAGGCCCUGGGAGAGAAGCUGUAUCAUGGGACGCCCUUCCGUCGAUGCGUGGAUGAGGGACUCCUGGACUGUAAGCGGGUGGUACAGAUCGGCAUUCGGGGCUCUUCCACGACCUUGGAUCCUUACAGAUACAACCGGAGCCAGGGCUUCCGGGUUGUCCUUGCUGAAGACUGCUGGAUGAAAUCACUGGUUCCUCUGAUGGGGGAGGUGAGGCAGCAGAUGGGAGGCAAACCCAUUUACAUCAGCUUCGAUAUUGAUGCCCUGGAUCCUGCCUAUGCCCCAGGGACAGGGACACCUGAAAUCGCUGGUCUUACUCCUAGUCAGGCUCUGGAGAUCAUCCGGGGCUGUCAAGGCCUGAAUGUGGUAGGUUGUGACCUUGUGGAAGUUUCACCGUUGUAUGAUCCUUCUGGAAACACAGCGCUGCUGGCGGCUAACCUGCUGUUUGAAAUGCUGUGUGUUCUCCCCAAAGUGAAAGUUGUCUGAGCUUGUGCUCCUCAAGAUAAAGUAACAGAUGGCAUCACUGGCAAAUUCUCAAGAAUUUAUGAGCAAGCUGUUUGGGUACUAAAGAGUUUACGCCAA